AUGUAUAACGGCAUAGGUUUAAAAACUCCUAGAGGUUCUGGGACCAACGGAUAUAUACAAACAAAUAUGGCUCAUAUUCGUAAUGCCAGGAAUACAAUAAGAGAAUAUGAACAAUUUAGAAAUGAAGUAAGUAUGAAUAAUAUUGUACAUAAAAAAUAUACUUGUGACUUUUCGAUUAUUGAGCAUGCUGAGAAAAGGAGAAUCGAACUCGAAGUUUUAUUAUAUGAAGAAAAAAUGAGACAAGAAGGAAGUAAAAAUAUUGAAGAAUUAAUUAAGAACUAUAGGCAAAAGUUAUAUGAUGAAUAUUAUGAAAAGAAAAAGAUACAAGAAAAAUAUAAUGUACAUAAUAAUAGAGAAGCAGAUCCUAAUGAAAAUACACAUAUGCUUAAUGAUAGGAAGAGGAAACAAGUAGAAAAUUUUGAACGAGCACUAAAAAUAAAAAAGAAAAAAGAAAAUGUUAAUGUGAACAAUAUAACUUCUUCUAAUAUUAAAAGUGAAAAAUAUGAGAAGAGGGAAAAAAAAGAAAUCAUUAGUCAAAAGGACCAGAACAAAAAAAAGAAAAUUAUGAGAGAAAAAGAUGAAAAGAAGAAAAAAAAGAAAAUUAAGGAAGAAAAAGAUGAAAAGAAGAGAAAAAGAAGAAGAAGAAAAAAAAAAAAAAAAAAAAAAAAAGAAAGAAAGAAGGAAAUUAGUGAUACAGAAAGUGAAGAAAUGCUAUCUUCCUCAAAUGAUCAAUCAUCCAGUUCUAACAGUUCAAAUGAUAGUAGCUAUAUAUCGGAUUAUAGUAGUGAUGAUUCAUACAUUUCAAAUAAUUCAACUGAUAGUAGUUCUAAUUCUAAAAUGUCAAGUGAUAGUAGUUCUAAUUCUAAAAUGUCAAGUGGUAGUAGUUCUAAUUCGAAAGUGUCAAGUGAUAGUAGAUCGAAUUCAAAAAAAUCACGUGAUAGGAGUUCCAAUUCAAAAAGUUCAUGUAUUAGUAAGUCAAAGUCAGAUUGUGAUAAUUCUUCGUACCAUUCUGAUGGAUCAAAUAAUUCGAGAUUCUCAAGAAAAUCUAUUACAUCCAUUGAUUCCUACGAAAGUAGUAAAAGUAGCUCAGGGGAAGUAAGACAUAAAAAGAAAAAAAAAAAUAAUGAAAAGAUAACAAAGAAAAAAAAUGAUACAAAAUAUAAAAAUAUUUCGAAAACAAAAAAUAUAUCAAAAUAUUCAGAUGAAUCAAAUUAUUCUAGUGACGAUUCGAGGUAUGACCACAAACAUUCAGAUCGAUUAAAAAGAAAAAUUCCAAAACAUUAUUCUUCCAAAAAUAAGGAUAAUAACUUGAAUGAUAAAUUGAAAAGAAAACCUUAUAGUUCAGAUUCAGGAAUACGUUCAUCCCAUAGUAUGAGUAGAAACUCAAGCUAUGAAGAAAAAAAAAAAAAAAGCAUAAGAGUUAUUAAAAAUGUUGAGAACAAAUCAUAUGAAUUGGACAAAAGUUCAAAUUCGAGUAUUAUAAAACAUGAAAAAACAGAUAAAGGAAAUCAUAGAAGAGAUAGUUAUAAAGAACAAAAAGGAAAAAACAAAAACGAUGAGAAAUCUAAAAAAAAAGAAAGUACCGUUAAUGAAGAAACAUUGAAAAUAUUAAGUAAUAUUAAAAAAUAUUAUAAUGAAAAGAAAAAAGAAUCAUCAGACAAUGAAAAUUCUGAACCUUAUGCAUCUGUAUGUUCCAGUUCUUCCGAGAAAAUCAAAAAAAAGAAAAAACAGAAGGAAUUAGAAUAUAAAGAAAAAGAAAAAAAAAAGAAGAAAAAUUCAGAUAACGUUGUUGACUUGGGUGAACUAGAGAAUAUAAAAGAUGAGUAUCUAAAUAAACUAGAACGAACAAGAAAAAAGGAAUGA